AUGGCCGUGACCGUUUCCCCGUGCCGGUGACCCAUGGCGUGUGCUGCUAUGCAUCCCAGCAUGCCCCGGCAGCUCGCACGCCGCGGAAGAGAGCAGCAUGCUGGGAGCCGUAGUCUGGCCUUCGCCUCCGGCCUGCCAUUGCUCGCCUCUGCAAAGCCCCCUCGCCCCGACAGCCCUUGGCCCGCCUGCUCCUCUUGCCCUCGGAUGGAGGGCUCUGAGGAGCUGGAGAGCAGCCUCCUGACACAGCCCUGGGCUUCUGUUUGCUUGGGCGAGUCCACUUUUCUUGCCAAAGCGUGCUUCAGGGAUACUGGCUACAUCCUGCUGAUCUCCGACCUCAGCAGCGUCUGGUACGAGAGUGCAGACGUCGAGGUCGUGGGACAAAGGUCCAAGGAGCUGAACAAGCGGCUGACAGUCCAUGUGUCCUCCUUCCUGCACCGCUUGCGCAAACUGAUGUGCCGCUUGCUGGCAGGGCAGACAGACACUGCCACCUCCUUCUCCUGCCACCACAUUGCCGGCAGCCUCAGCCUGCACGUGAAGAGCGAGCUCUCGGGACUACCCUUCUACUGGGACUUCCACUGCUGCCCCGCUCCCGUGGAGAUGGUGUCCCGUCACCUUGUGCGGCCCCUGAUCCGGAUGAGCCUGGCGCUGCAGUACCAGGUGCAAGGGCUGACCUCCCUGCUGCUCCAGAAGGAUGCUGAGAUCGAAGACUACAGGGAGAGCGGGGCCACUCUCAGCAGAGACCGCCUGCGGACAGAGCCCUUCCAGGAGCAGGCGUUUCAGCAGAACUUCAUGGCUGAGAGCCUGCCCGAGAUCUGUGGUGCGGGAGAGGGGCAGGUGUUCGCCAACACUCUGCAGCAGCUCUACACGGCGGUGACGCAGCAGGAGGCCAAGCAGGCUCGGAAACGGCAGCGCUCGGAGAACGCUGAGGACCCGGCGCCUGCUGCAGAAACAGCAGGGCACCCCCAUCCACCGCCUCCAUCCCAGGAGGAUGAAGCAGUGUCUUCCAGUGAGGGCACCACGCCGGCCUCUUCCCCGGCUCAGAAGCCCCGGCUGCCAGUGGCCAAGGCCAAGCCGAAGAAGGCGAAGGGGCUCUUCAGCUGAAAGGUCGCUGCCCCCCACCCCGAGGUUCUCUGUUCCCCCCAGCAUCCGAGAGAGACAGUGCAGAGCACCCAUGUGUUCUUUGCCUCCCUGCCUGCAUCUGCCGGUGGACCCUGGCCUGGGGCAUGGUACCCUCCUGAGGUGUCUGCAGCCAGGAUGAUGGGGCAUCUCCUCUCUUCAGCCGUGUCUCAGGAACCUCUUUUCUGCCUCUUCCCUGGUGUAGAACUUGCCCAGGCUGCCCCGUGAUGGAGCCAGCGCUGGGA